GCCGUGGGGCCGGCCCAGGCGCUUUCCCCUCAGUGCGGAGCCGCCGCCGGGCCGAGCGCGGCGCCGCGGGGCCUCUUCGCCACGUCCUCGCUGCUGGGGCCAUGGGACGGCCCGCGCCGCUCCUGGCGCUCCUGGCGCUGCUGCCGCUCCUGGCGCCCCGCGCCCGCGCCUGGGACAGCACCGACAUGGAGCUCUUCGACCUGGUGGAGGAGGUGCCGCGCAACUUCUACGAGUUCCUGGGGGUGCAGCAGGAUGCUUCGUCUGCAGACAUUCGGAAAGCAUAUCGAAAGCUUUCAUUAAUUUUACACCCAGACAAGAAUAAAGAUGAAAAUGCGGAAACACAGUUUAGGCAAUUGGUGGCCAUCUAUGAGGUCUUAAAGGAUGAAGAAAGGAGGCAGAGGUAUGAUGAUAUUCUGAUCAAUGGACUACCAGAUUGGCGACAGCCUGUAUUCUACUACAGGCGGGUGAGAAAAAUGAGCAAUGCUGAGCUGGCAUUACUCUUGUUCAUUAUACUCACAGUGGGUCAUUAUGCUGUGGUUUGGUCAAUCUACCUGGAAAAACAGCUGGAUGAACUGCUUAGCAGAAAAAAGAGGGAGAAGAAGAAAAAAACAGGCGGCAGAAGUACGGAUGAAGCCAAACUUGCUGCUCUAGACAAAAAUGAAAGAAUACUGGACAAACCACAAUGGCAUGACUUACUCCCAUGCAAGCUGGGAAUAUGGUUCUGUCUUACUGUGAAAGCUUUACCUCAGCUGUUCCAGGAUGCCAGACAAUUAUAUGUAGAAUAUAAAGAAACAAAAAUGAAGGCGAAAGAAGAUGCCCUGGCUAAGGCUGAACUUGAAACACUUCUGAAGGAGAAGAAGCCUAAAGUCAAGAAACCAAAAUCAGAAUUCCCUGUGUACACAGUUCUGGAGUCAAGUGCUUAUAUACCAUCAUAUGAUCAUGGAGCUUCAAUUGAAGAUAUUGAAGAACAGAUGGAUGAUUGGUUGGGAGGCAGGAACAGAACACAAAAAAAGAAGGCACCCGAAUGGACAGAGGAGGACCUUAGCCAGCUGACAAGAAGUAUGGUUAAGUUCCCAGGGGGGACCCCAGGUCGAUGGGAAAAGAUUGCUCACGAAUUGGGUCGAUCAGUGGCAGAUGUUACCAUGAAAGCCAAACAAGUGAAGGAUUCUGUUACGCUUACACCAGGCAUCAUCAAGCUCUCCGAGCUAAAAACGCUGGCCCAGAAUUCCCAGAAUGUCAAGGUCAGUGUGAAUUUGCCAGACCACAUAAUCACCCAGCGAGAGAGGGAGGAAGACGAGGAAGAGGAGGGGAACUACGAUCACACCCCAGAGCAGAUGGAUGUCCAAACAGAUCAAAAGGAGACCAUUGCAAGUGAAACUAGACCCCGCAAGCGGAAAAUUGUCAAAGCACCUGAAAUGAUUCUGCCAGCAACGAAAGAGGUACAAGAACAGAAGGGCAGAGGAAGGCGCCAGAAAGAUUUUGAUAAUGCCGAGCAAGAGGAAGGGAGCGAUGAUGAGAGCAGAAAAAGAGAGAAAAGCCGUGCCCCAGAAGACCUGUGGACUCAAAAUCAACAGAAACUUCUUGAAAUGGCCUUGCAGCAGUAUCCAAAAGGAACAUCAGAUCGCUGGGAUAAAAUAGCAAAAUGUGUUCCUGGAAAAAACAAGGAGGAGUGUAUAGCAAGAUACAAGCUGCUUGUUGAACUGGUACAAAAGAAAAAAAUGGCUAAAAGCUGAGUGCUCUGAGCAGAAGACAAGUAGCUCAUCUUCAUCAAAAUGAGGUUUUAAAUCUCACCUGCAGGAAACUGCAUUUUUGUACCUCAGUAUUUCUAAAUGUCCUGUGCCUUAGUAAAAGAAAACAUUAAUAAAUCUUAUACCAUCUUCCCUAUGUUGUGUGCUGAAGAAUGAAGGUGUAUUUUUGUGUUGGAGAACUGCUCAUGCAAAUGUAUGAUAACAGGAUCUUAAAACCUAGUGGUGGACCUUCAGGAAGCCCCACACUGAUAAUUGCAUUUUGAUACUUGUAGGUUUACAGCCAAGGAAUACACAGAAUAUAGAGAAUGUCUUUGUUUUGAAAGAGAGAAUUCAUCUGAAACCGUUCAACAAGCACAAGUGUAAUGGAACUCGGCACUCAACAUAUAUUUUUCUUUCUUGCAGCUAUAAAUCCAAGACCAUGUGCUUCUAAACAUGUCUGCUGCUACAUGGCAUGUCCAGGCAUUCUAGUAUUUUGAAAUGAACAGUUUUUCUAAUCUUCACUUCCACACACAUUCAUGUGCACCUGCAUAAAUAUCUUCUUUACCUACCCUGCAGACUAACACAGUGAUAUUUGAUAGUGCUGCUAAGUGGGUAAAAUUGAAAUGGGUAAAAAUGUUAAAGGCUGAAUUUCUCAAUUAGAAAUUAUUAGAUAUAAGGCAUAUAUUUCUUGACCAGUUUUUAAGUACAAAAUAGGACGUAAAAGCCAACAGUAUUGGGGUAGGAGUUCUCAUAUUUGGGAGGUGGUUUGUAAACCCUGGAUCCAACGUAGUUUGAUGUUAUAUUUGAAGACCAGUUCAUAAGGGCUUACCUGUUAUUUUGGUUUUCAUCAUUUUGGAAAAGUGAUACAAAAUGUAAAAUUCUGGAGUAAAGGGCUGUAAAUGAUAUAAAUAAAUCAGAGCAGUGAUCAUAGUCUUCUGCAAGAAACACUAAGUUCUUGCAUUUUUUUUUUAAGAAUUAUUUACCACUCAAAUUCUGAUUUAAGACCAGUAUUCUAUUAAGGUUAUGAGCUUUAAUUUAAAAUUAAAAUGAAAAAUCCUGUACCUGAAUUCAAAAUCAGUGGCUGCAAAUGUUCAUUAGCAUCU